UCGCCGUUGACGUGCUGCCGGCAUCGCCGCGCAACAGCCCAGUCUCUCGCACGCUGUCUCAGGAAGCGGUCGUCACUGUCGGCAACGCAGGACCGGAGCUUCGACAACCAGCGCUUCUCCGGCGGCGGCUGCCGGGCAAGUCGGAGACGGGAGGACCGCCGGAAGAACGGGAAACAGGGCCCGUUGCCGCGAACACCGAGGUCCUCCGAGACGAAUAACGCCAGCGAUUGGCGGGCUCGCGUCCCUACCAACUGUCCGUGAGUCGCCACCGUAACGUCAGCAGGCGCCAUCAUGAGCGACGACUUCGAGUCCGUCGACCGUGCGGACAGUUUGGACGCAUUGAGCUCGAAAGACGACGACGACGAUGCGCCGGAGCCAAUGAUAGCGAAGGGCGACGAGGAGCGGGAGGACCACACCGCCUACACCAAAGGCAUCAUAGCGGUCGUCGGUUCUCAAACAAGGCCGCACAUAUGCUACCGCUAUCCGGUCACUCCGGUCUACAUCAAGCUCCCCAAGUCCAUCAAAGAGAUUGGGGACAUCUACAUGCAGAUGGUGAUGCCCGUCGACUUUAAGAGGGUGAGCUGGGAGUUCACGCACUCGUCGGACAGGCACCACGUCUGGAACUCGACAGAGAUCUUAGGCAUAGGCCACCACAAGGUGCGCGUCACCUUCCAAGACCUGGUGGACGGCAAGGAGAACAAGUACGAGUGGCACAACUCGGACAUCGGCUCGGUGGCGCCCGUCUUCAAGCCACACUGCGAGCACUUCAUGCAGCUACACUAUGACGACAAGGAGAAGCAGCUUGUGACUUACGUCAACGGUCGCGAGUACAAUAGACACGACAUGGAUGAAGGCUGCAUUGCCAAUGAAUUCACCCUGUAUGGCUCUGUUUUCAUUCCCGAACUGGUCAUACCGUGUGAAUUUAAGGAAAUGCCGCUCACGGUUAACCUGAAUGGGGCGGUGGCGUAUAACGACACCUACUCCAUCCGAUUCCACGUCAAACCGCCUGGAAAGAAGCUGUCGCUGAACUUCGGCGAGAUAUCAUUCGACAUCGACCUGGAAGAAUACAAAGACCAGCUUCACCGUGCAACGCACGAGGAACUGCAGGUGUCUUCGCACUCAAGCUGCGCCUUCGUCAGCCUCAACCGCAAGAUGGUCGCCAAAUCGAUGCGCCGGCUCGUCACGCCUGUCAUGAUCAUCGACGGCGACAUCGAGAUCACCAACCUCCAGAUCCAGGAGUUCGUCUUCAAGGGUUACAGAAAGUGUUACAUGCUCCAGAACUUCUUUAACGAAACGGGCGCCGUCUGCAAGACGUUCGUGUGA